UUGUUUUUCUCUUCCCGAAUGAGAGAGUGUGCCUUUUUUUCCAAGUCAAGAUGGUGGUAUGGAAAUGUGUUAAUGGUAGAUAUCAACAUACCCAUACUGACUGUCUUCUGCGCUCGCCUGUCAGGGUUCAGUCCUUUGCAUUCCUGUUCUAGGAGGUUCCUCCCGUACACCAACUCAGAUGCUGUUUGCUGGGUCCCGUACUGAUGAGGUACAUAAAGUGUCAUGUGUUCCUGUGCUUGGCCCUUCGUCUUAUAAACUAUUUUACCUGGAGGUAUGGGGGUGGGGCAGCCCUUCUCCCUGUUUCCACAUAGAGGUGGUAGAAAGGCAUGUGGAAAUUGUGUCAGGGUUAUGGUGUAUAGACCCUGAUGGUCCAACAGUGGAGGCAGGUGCCCCCUUGAAGAAGGGAGAGUUUGCCCCUCCCCGCCACACUUUUUCACUGUAAUGUUUUCUGAGAUGGAACAAAAUUAGAGAAUGGCACACUACAGGGGCCCCUCCGCCAAGCCUGUGUCCUCCCUUUGCCUUCAAUGGCUGAGCUCUGGCUGCGGGUUCCUGAAGAGCUCCCCCAUCCUCCAUUGUGCUGUGGGUUUUGAUUCAGUCCUGCCCCGCGCCCCCAGUCUCCACAUGGGUGGCCAGGGCAUGGUUGGUUCUAGGUGGUGAAGAUGACAAGUGGAGGCACACCUUGCCUCCAUGAACAGAUAACUGCCUACUGAGAUUUUUCUUUUUCUUUCUUUUUUUUGAGAUGGAAUCUUGCUCUCUUGCCCAGGCUGGAACAUAGUGGCACAAGCUUGGCUCACUGCAAUCCCCACCUCCCAGGUUCAAGCAAUUCUCCUGCCUUGGCCUCAAAAGUAGCUGGGAUUCCACCAUGCCUAGCUAAUUUUUGUACUUUUAGUAGAGACAAGGUUUUGCCACAUUUGCCAGGCUGGUCCCAAACUCCUGGCCUCAAUUGAUCCGCCUGUCUCAGCCUCCAAAAGUGCUGGGAUUACAGGUGCACACCACCAUGCCAGGCUCGAGAUUUUUCUUUUGAGUUGAAUACUCUCAGAGUUACUGUAGUCCCCCAGGAGCGUGUAGCCAGGCCAUUGUUAACAGUGUUGCUUCUGUCAGGCAAGAUGCAGAAAUCUGCCUUUCCUCUCCAUCUUUUCAUUCCCCUCCUCUCACCUAGGGAUUCAUGAUCUCCACGCUCUACUAGCCAUGGGCAGUCUGAACUGCUCAUGUUCCUUUUAGCUGCCUGGCUCUGGAACCUCAAGGAUACGCCACUGUAGUACUGCGCCCUCCCCGCUGGAAAGCUCCCUCACUGGUAGCCCAGCUCCAUGCUCCACCUGCUGGGUGCUCCCUGCUGCCCCACCUACUGUUUGGCCACCCCUUACUGGAUCUUUUGCCCUCUACCGCAGACCAGGCUGGUCAUCGCUCACCUUUUCUUUCCCAGAUGGCUUUCUGUUUUGUUCCUCAUAGCUGCAGCUGCAAAUGCUGUUCUCCCUUGGACCCUCCGAGUUGGCCCUGCCACCCUUAGGACCUCAGGAGUGUUUUCCACAACAUUGUGGUCAGCACUCACUCAGCCUAGUACUUGUACACUGAGCCUGGGGAGGUGGGAAGGAGCCUGGCUGUGAGGGAGCUCCUCAUCCCAAGGGCCCUUAGCCACUUCUCCCCUUGUAAACACCUUGCCCCUGCUUGAAUCAGCUCCCCAUGUGAAUGAGCCCCCCUUUGUGUCUUCCCAUGUAUGAAAACAACUAGUAUUUGAUCACCUCUUUCAGCCCUUCCCAGAGUCUUCCUUGGUUGGGAGAGACUUGCAUCUGUGUCCCUCUCCCACUAGCCAGGGAGCCGCUGGGACUCAUGCUGCCCUGGAGCCUUCCCCGUGAGCGCCCUCUUCCCUGUUCACCUGGUGCUCUGGUGGCCCUAUGUUUAUUGCCCAAACUAGUACACUCUGAGAAAGAGAGCUGGACGUGCUGCUAAUAAGCAGCCUGUAGAAUUCCCCAAGGCACUCAAUACUGCACCAGCCUGUUUGCCUGCCUGCUACCCCUACAGAGCACAGGCUUUGAAACCACAGAGCCCUCAGCACCUAGUAUGGAGUUUGGUAACUAACAGAGGCUCGACAUAUGUGACUGAGUGAACACGUGAUGGAUGAAGAGGUGGGCCCUCUGCUGCAGGCCGCUUCCUCCUGCAUAUCUGCUCCCUCCAGCCCCUUGAACCGCAUUUCUUCCCACUGCGUCCCAUGGCUCUUGCCCCACAGCCUACAGAGGACUGACGCCUGCCCACCCUAAACCUGUCCUAUCCCCACCAGCCCCUCCCGCAGGUCUCCCCUCCACACCCCAUCCUCUGGAAUAUUGGAACAGCCUUCUGCCUACACUCCCUGCCUCAGUCUCCCUUGAGUCCGUGCUCCAGCUUCCUGUGGAGAGACCUUUCGCCCCUGCCUAACAGCCCAGGCAUCACCUUCUGUGGCUGCCCAAUGGCACCAGCUCCUCACGCCCUUCACCACUUGGCCACCAUUUAGGCUCCUGGCAUCAUCUUAGCUUCCUUCUUCCUAUUUUUUAAAAAAAUUUACAUUUCUGGCUGGGCGCGAUGGGUCACACCUGUAAUCCUAGCACUUUGGGAGGCCGAGGCAACUGGAUCACGAAGUCAGGAGUUUGAGACCAACCUGACCAACAUGGUGAAACAACAUAUCUACUAAAAACUUAAAAAAUUGGUGAGUGGAACAUGGCAGCCCUGGCAGGUGGCAGAGGCUCCGUGGUGUCGGUGCUGGCCCUGAACGGCCGGCGCCACACCGGAAAGGUGAUGCCGAGCACCAUGCCGCUUCAGGCUGAGGACACGUGCUGGCGGCAGAACUUCAACCCUUGUGAAUAUGAUCUGAAGUUUCAGAGGAGCGUGCUCGGCCUUUCUCUCCAGUGGAGAUUUGCCAACCUACCCAAUAAUGCCAAGCUGGAGAUGGUGCCUGCCUCCUGGAGCCACGAGGGGUCCGAGAACAUGGUUUGCAUUGCUUUGCAGCUGGAUGACGGCUCCAGGCUGCAGGACACCUUCUGUUCAGGCCAGACCCUCUGGGAGCUUCUCAGCCAUUUUGCACAGACCAGGGACUGCUUGCAGAAGCCUGGUGGGGUGACCCCAGUGUGUGUGUACACAAGGGAUGAGGUGACAGGUGAAGCCACCCUGAACGACAUCAGACUGCAGUCACUGGGCCUCAGUAGGGGCGGUGCUUCCAUCAGGUUUGUCAUGAAGUGCUGUGACCCUAUGGGCAAAAACCCAGGAAGCCUGGGCUCAUCAGCGUCAGCUGGCCAGGCAGCCGCCAGUCCUCCACUCCCCUUGGAAUCUGGGGAGCUCUGCCAUGGUGACCUGAGCUGUCAGGAAGACAUGGACACUGUGGGGUCCAGCUGCGAGGAUUCGCAGGAGAAGCAGAGCAUGAGGGUGCCCAUGCCUGCCCCCUUCGUUCCUUUCUCGGGCGGGGGACAGCAACUGGGGCGCCCCUCUGGGCCCAUGAGGCCUCUGAUUUCAUCAUCAGCCAAGUUGCCAAAGUUCCUCUCCAGCCCCGGAGGCCCCUCCAAGCCAAAGAAGUCCAAGCCUGGCCAGGAUCCCCAGCAGGAGCCGGAGCCAGAGCCAGAGCCACCUGUGGACCAGGUGCCAGUUGUGUGCCACCCCAACCUGGAGGAGUGGCUGCAGGCCUGGCUGGUGGAGCUGCUUGAUGAAUUCUUUGAGCUGAUGGUGGACGAUGUGAGAAGAUGCUUGGCCCAGCUCAAGAGUGACCAGAAGCGCCUGGAAGAAGCACCCUUGAUGACCAAGGCCUUCAGGGAGGCGCAGAUGAAGGAGAAGCUGGAGCACUACCCAAAGGUGGUUCUGAGGGUCCUGUUCCCUGACCGCUACAUCCUGCAGGGCUUCUUCCGCCAGCGAGACUUCGUGAGGAGCCACCUGGGGCACCCUGAGCUGCCAUUUUACUUGUUCAUCACCCUUCCAAAAACAGUCCUGGACAACUACUCGUGCACCCUCUUUCAGGCGAACCUCUUCCCGGCUGCUCUGGUGCACUUUGGAGCCAAGGAACCAGCAGAUGUCUACCUGGAGCCUGGACUGCUGGAGCACACCAUCUCCCCAUCUGUGGCCGACAUGCUGGUGGCCAGGUACAUGUCCAGAGCCGCCAGGGCCCCUUUCCCAUUGCCAGCCCCUAACCCUGCACCUGAGUCUGAGCCAUCUGCUGAGGAGGGGGUGCUGAGUCCCGCUGAGCCCAUCUCAGGGAUGGUCCCGCCUGUGAAGACAAGCCUGGGCAAGGUGCCCAAGUGGCUGAAGCUGCCAGCCAACAAGAGGUGAGAGCUGCCAGCCUGAGGUGCCCACCAGCCACAGGACCACCUCCCCUGCCAGCAGGAAUAAAGACUGUGCGUCC